AAGUCAUUCAGGUACAUACAACGAAAAUGUUCCCGUGAAUCUGCUUCGACUUUGUCCUGUGAUGGCCUGAAGUGUUGCUGUUUAUCGAAACACGUUUACGGUUCACAAUGGAUGACAUAAGCGCAUUUGUGCGUCUUCUACUUGAGAAUGCUGCAUCAUCCCAAGCCGCAAACAACUCGGCGGCAGCUCAGUCGCAACCUUCCGCCAGUACAGAUGUCAAAAACGAGGCUGUCAAGUCAGGCGAAUCCUCAGCCAAGCCCGCUGAUCUUAUGAACACACCACGCUGCGGCGAAUGCAUUGGUUGUUUCCGUGCUGAAGACUGUGGCAAAUGCGAUGGCUGUGCUGUUGGAGCGCAGUGCUUGAAGCGAAAAUGCGUUCAAGAAGCGAUUUUACUACAGAAAGCCAAUAAAGCCAGCCAAAAGUCUGCGCAACGAAAGGAAACUACAGAGGUUCAAAAGAAAGAAGUCAAACAAGAAGCAGCGGCUGUGGUGCCAAGACGUGGUCCAGGUCGGCCAAGAAAGGAUGGACAUGCAAAUGCACGAAGUGGAAACUCGCAUAUCAACGGCGACAAGGAGAUGAUUGAACGCAAACCCGCUCGUCGUUCCAAUGCUCGAGCGCCCACUUCUAGAAGGAAGCAUGACGCACCGAAGAAGGUUGAACCUCGUCAGUGUAUCGAACCGGACUGCGUAAAACAAGCCCGGGAUAAUAGCAAGUAUUGCAGUGAUGAAUGCGGAAUAAAGCUAGCUAAGCGUCGGCUUCUUACCUUACUGCCGCAAAAAGUCGAGGAAUACUAUAGAGAACAGCCAGAAUCGGAGCGCCGCACUCUUGAAGAACUACGCGCGAUUGAUCAAAAAAUUGGACAGAUUCAGAAACAAACAGAUACCAUGCUAAAUUAUGUGCGAAUCAUCCAGAAAUAUGUGACUGCCAUGAAAUCAACAACUUCUGUGAGCUACGAUGAGCCUGGAGAUGUUGAUUUUAUGGUGAAUUGUACUGUGUGCGGAAUGGAAACCAAUGGCCGCCAACUCCCGAAACAUGUCGAGCGAUGUUUCGUGCGAACGGAAAAGCAGACGUCAUUUGGAACGCCCACUCCCGCUGCCUUUAACCCAGACAAUCUUUUCUGCGAAGCCUACAACAAAGCGAAUAAUACAUACUGUAAAAGAGUGCGGGUAAUCUGUGCUGAACAUUACAAAGGAGAGUUAGAAAACGAACUGCAGAUCUGUGCUUAUCCAAAAGCAUGGGCAGAAGGGAAAUCCUUGACAUUUGCCGAGAUGUUCGAGCACGGUCCCGACCUUUUGAGAGAUCAAGGCUUCUGCUGUGCACCCAGGAAAGAAUGCGCGCAACAUCAUCGAUGGGUGCAGGCUCUUGUUGGAACAAUCGAGUGUGAGAGAAUGAACCUUUUAACGAGAUUAGAUGAGCUUCUGGAGAGAAGAAGAAUUGUGUCUGUGGGAUGCACGACGCGCGGUGAUGUGAUCUCUCUUCUGAAUUUCAAGCCGCCGAUCAUCGCUGAGAGUAGCAACUUUGAGUGA